UGAAUGCCACCUGUAAAGGCCACUCUGUGAUAGAAAGCAACAGCUUCCAAGUCAGUGUGGACGAGAAACUCCUGUAAGUGCUCAAAAAGAUGACUGAACACGUGUGGGCUACUAUUCUGUGACAACUAAACACACUCCAUCUGCUGAGGAAGACCAUCUGAUAUGAUGGAAAGCCCCCGAACUGCUACAAAAUGGACCUUAUGCUGAGGUUAGUUUUCACGAAGAGAAGAGACACAUCCUUUUGAGACCAUGACGUCUUGUUGUGUAAACUGUACAAAGCGGUGUCUAUUUUCCGAGAAGCAGACACCUUGAUGGGCGUAGAUUUCUUUUGAAGCCUCCACCUGGCGGCCACGACCGGUACUGCGUGUUACACUUCCGCUUUGGCUGCAGUUUUCAGGAAACUUUGUCCCACCCUGGUCCCACCCAAAAUCUGUGAAAUCGCUCGUUGAGGCGGACCCAUGAAGCAGAGGGAAGCUGUGGCUGGAUGCAUCUGGCUGGAGUCACGUUAAACCUGCAGAGGCAGCAGAGGAGCGCUCACCAGGCGAGAGAGAAACUUACUUCAAACUAAGGAGAAAACUGCGCUCAAAUAGUCUGUUCUUUUUUUCUUUUUCUUUUUCUUUUUUUUUAAGAGAAUAAGAGCAACCGAUUAAAUCAAGGGUGCCCACAUGCUUCAGCAUCAUUUCCAGUUUCCGCUGAAGAGGAAUUUGGCACAUCAUUGUGAUAAAAGGGAUGAAUGAGGGCCGUUCUGCUCUCUUCAGAAGGUGCCACCUUGCUUUGUCCAAGGCCGACACACUCACUUCUGUUCCGGCCAAAGCUGCUCUCUCUGUGGACGCAGGCAAUGGCGAGGCCACUCAGCCUGAGAGCGAGGUGGCGUUCCCCCUGUCUGAGCUCUCAGACCUGUUCGAGAGCGUGGAUGCCUCCCCGUCAACUCAGGAUUCAGCUGUGGAGCUGGUUCAGCCCGACCAGCCUGCAGACAGCAGACAGAACCUGCGGAUGAAAUUCCAGGGUGCUUUCAAAAAGGGCAUUUCCAACCCGAUGGACCUACUGGAAUCCACCAUAUAUGACUCCAAUGUGGUUCCAGGCCCCAAGAAAGCACCCAUGGACUCACUCUUUGACUAUGGUACCUACGGCCACAUGAGCAACCAGAAGAGACGCAGGAAGAAGCUUCCAAGAGGUAAAACCGAGACAUCCAUCGAUGAUGGUCCAAGCUCAGAACCACCAAAGGUGAUGAAAACAUUCAACCGCUCUGUCCUCUUUGACUGUGUGUCACGUGGAGACCCCAAGGCCCUCGAGGGCCUUAUGGAGUACCUGCAAAGUCAUGGAAAGCGGUUAACUGAUGAGGAGUUCAGAGAGCCAUCCACGGGUAAGACGUGCCUGCCUAAGGCCCUGAUGAACCUUUAUGGUGGUCAGAACGACACCAUCCCACUGCUGGUCGACAUCGCAGAGAAGACGGGAAACCUCAGAGAGUUCAUAAAUUCUCCCUUUAGGGAUCUGUACUACAGAGGUCAAACGGCGCUCCACAUUGCCAUAGAGCGACGCUGUAAGCAGUACGUUGAGUUACUGGUGGAGAAGGGGGCUGAUGUUCACGCCCAGGCGAGGGGACGUUUCUUCCAGCCCAAAGACGAGGGGGGCUACUUCUACUUCGGUGAGCUGCCUCUCUCACUGGCUGCAUGCACUAACCAGCCUGACAUUGUGCACUACCUGACUGAGAAUCCACACAAGAAAGCCGACCUGCGGCGCCAGGACUCACGUGGAAACACAGUACUGCACGCCCUAGUGCACAUUGCGGACAACACCAAGGACAACACACGUUUCCUCACAAAGAUGUACGACCUGCUGCUAAUCAAGAGCGCUAAGCUCUACCCGGAAUGCAGCCUGGAGACAGUGCUCAACAGUGAUGGCAUGUCACCUCUCAUGAUGGCUGCCAAGCUGGGCAAGAUAGGGGUUUUUCAGCACAUUAUCCGGCGUGAGAUCAAAGAUGAGGAAGUCCGUCAUCUGUCUCGAAAGUUUAAGGACUGGGCAUACGGUCCAGUGUACUCCUCCCUCUAUGAUCUAUCGUCAUUGGAUACAUGUGGAGAGGAACCAUCUGUGCUGGAAAUCCUUGUCUACAACAGUCGCAAUGAGAACCGCCAUGAGAUGCUGGCAGUGGAGCCCAUCAACGAGCUGCUUAGGGCCAAAUGGCAGAAGUUUGCUGCUGUCACCUUUUACAUCAGUGUGGUUUCCUACCUCAUCACCAUGAUCACCUUCACCCUAGUGGCUUAUUACCACCCAACACAGGAAACGCCUCCGUACCCCUACAAAACAUCCUCUGACUACCUGCGGAUGGUGGGAGAGAUUGUCACCUUGGCAUCGGGAAUCUUCUUUUUCCUCACUAAUAUUAAAGAUGUCUUCCUGAAGAAGUGUCCCGGGGUGAAGUCUUUAUUUAUUGAUGGAUCCUUUCAGCUGCUGUAUUUCAUCUACUCUGUACUGAUUGUAGUCACAGCUGCUCUCUACCUGUCUGGCAUUAAAGCCUAUGUGUCUGUGAUGGUGUUUGCACUUGUCCUUGGCUGGAUGAACACACUUUACUUCACCAGAGGCCUGAAGCUCACUGGCACCUACAGCAUUAUGAUACAGAAGAUUCUUUUCAAAGACCUUUUCAGAUUUUUGCUGGUGUAUGUGCUCUUCAUGAUUGGAUAUGCAUCAGCCCUGGUGUCCCUGCUGACAGUGUGUCCUCCACCGGGCACUGAAUGUGAAGGGGGCUGCCCCACCUACCCCAAGUGCCGGGACCCAGACACUUUUAGUACCUUCCUACUGGACCUUUUCAAGCUGACCAUUGGAAUGGGAGAACUGGAUAUGAUCCACAGCGCACAGUAUCCAGCGGUCUUCCUCAUCCUGUUGAUUACUUAUAUCAUCCUCACGUUUGUGCUGCUGCUCAACAUGUUGAUCGCUUUGAUGGGGGAGACUGUGGGGCAGGUGUCGAAGGAGAGCAAGAAGAUCUGGAAACUUCAGUGGGCAACAACCAUCUUGGACAUCGAGCGCUCAUUCCCAGUCUGCCUCCGCAAGUCUUUUCGAGCCGGAGAGAGGGUGACUGUUGGGAAGAACUGGGAUGGCACACCAGACAGACGCUGGUGCUUCAGGGUGGAUGAGGUUCAUUGGUGUCACUGGAAUCAGAACCUGGCAAUAAUCAACGAGGAUCCAGGCAAGAGCGAGACCAGCCAAGCCAAUGUGUUGCAGCAGGGCGUUGGAGUCAUGAGGAGAGAUCGCUGGUCCACAGUGGUCCCGCGAGUGGUGGAGCUAAGUAAAGGCCGUGAGGCAGUGAUAGAGAUGGAGCCCCUGACGCGCAGGCGCUGACACCCGCAGAGGACUAGUGGAGUCCUUCGUGUAAAGAGACAGUGGAUAGCCAUCAACAUCAGUGGCAUCACUCUUCUGGGGAUAAUUUUGCCAUUAAGUGCACUAAUUUGCACAAAUCAUAUGUGCCUUUUGUUCACAUAAAGUAUAGAAAAUAUUACAGUCGCACAGUCAGUGUAAUAGGACAGAGGACUGAGCACUCACAGAGACACUUGAUGGACAAUGUCUUGAAAAUCACUCAAUCUAUGAUCUGGAAAACACUACAGUCAACAACACUAACCCUGAGAUUUAAAAAAAAAGAAAAAAGUGGCAUUGUUGAAACAGUGUGCUGUAAAAUUUGUUUCUUUUUACUCAAUAAGAAUUAUUGAAGAAAAAAUUGUUCUGUAUUUUCACAUUUCAGACAUCAGAAGCGGAUCACUCAGGGAUUUAAGAGUCAGAAUAUUUCAGCAUUUCCAGUCUCAAUAUAGUGUUACAGAAAACAGUAUCAUGGGUUCUCUAAUAGGGAAGGGCAGCAUAAUUACUGUAUCACUGCAUUAGCAGUGUAAACAAAAGUUUUGAUAAAAAUGCCAUUUACAGAUAUAAUCGCAAUAGAUCUUUUCUCAAGAAAAUAUUGUAAUAAAUAUUUAUAGACUUAUACAGUAGAAUUCAGCUUUUAGUUGCUUGAUUUAUAUUUGAGAGGUCCCUAUAUGAUGUGUCCAUAAAGAUUAAACUGUAUAUGCUGAUUUGAAUGUUUAUUUUUCAGGCUGUGGGGGUGUGGGGGUUAUACAUUAUAUUUUCUUUCUAUUUUCUAUAUUGUAUCAAUAAAAUAGUUUCAAAACUAUGAAAGUCUCAGGCUUGGACUGCCAGCUCAGGCAGCAUAGCUUUCAUUUUAACUGAAACAAUACACUGUGCCAAUUUCCGAUGUGUGCAUUAUUAUACGAAUACAAAGACAUUGUUUUGAACAAGAUGGGCAUGAUGAGCAGGUUGUAGUUGUCAAGCAAAUGUGCAAAUAUGAGACAAUAGCCUCCGUGUUAUGGUUUGUCUUUGAAUUUCCAGAGUUAUUGUUCCUUUGCAGCUGGGGUAUUUGCAUAAUCAACUCUCAGGCCUUGCCAUUAUGUACUCCCUUCUAUUUGCUGCAGUGUUUUCAUUGCAGUUGGCUCCUUGCCCUAUACAGCAUCUUCUUUUUUAUGUAUCUCUACUGUAUAUAUGCAUGUAUUUGUGUUGUUGCACUAUAUGACAGGGUUCAUUAAGGGCAGAUAGGCCAUACAGUUCAUUUUCACUCAUUUAUUACUGUUGAAGGUCACAGGUUCACUAUGUUUACAUUGCUUUUAUAAAGAGACACGUCUAUGCAUUUUUGUAUGGUUUGCACAUUGCUGCAUAGAACAAUAAACACUGAAAUUAUUUUAUAAAGCAUGCAGAAGUCUGUCUUGCAAUUCCAGCAUUGAGUCGAGAUCUUUUUUCUCUGUAGAAAAUGUUUUCUGAUCAGUAUUUGAAUCAUCAAUUUCAUUAUUUUAUCCUAGACUAUUUUCCAAUAAUCAAACUCAACCAGACAGGGAAGUCCAUACCCAUUUUAUAAUUGGCAUGCAGAAUGACAGAAGCCUAAAAGAAAGAAUAAUUUCAUAUGGGAUUUUUAUGUUUUUUUGUUAAUCUGGUUUUGCAGUUUCCUUUUGUGCUUUAACAAAUAUGAUAUUGGUAUAGUUAUGUUCAUGGUUGUUUUGAAGCUUUUAGGAUUAAAAACCCAAAUCUUAUACUACCAUACUGAAAGUCAAGAAGUAUCCUCCAUUGUUGGUGGCCAACCAUCCAUAUCAUUUUUCCGAGAAGGUUUUGAUGACAUUACAGGUGUAAAAAUGAUUUUCACUGUAUUUCUUACAAAGUGUACACUCCACAUUAAACCCA